UCUUCAGUAGCACACACACGGAUCACAGAGAUCGCGGCCACUGAGCGGAACCCAAGCUGGCUGUAUGUGGGGCGCCCAGUUAUAAUAGACUAUUAACGAGGAUGUGUAUCAGUGUAAGCAGAUUCACGAAUAACAUAACAGAUAACGGACAUCCAUUUAAAACAAAUUAUUAUGGCUGAGCUGUCAAGUGAUACAAAGAGGAGGCAGUUUCUGUGUAUUUAGUCGUUUAUGUUAUGUUUGAUUACCACUUGUUCUGUUCUUUAUUGAUACGCUGAUUUAAAUGACGGAUCAGAGACUUAUUGGUGUUGACUUAAAUACAGGCUGAUUGGUCGUGUGUUGAUACUGUGUCUUAAGUUAUUCUACCAAGAAUGAUAUUGUGAUUAACUUCAUGUUCUCAGAAGACUUAAUGUCGAGACUGAAUUUCGUGGAUUACUUUUCCUUUAUAUUUGCAUCUCCUUUAAAAUAUAUCCUAAAGCGUUGAAGUGAUUGUAUUGGGAGUCUGUUGUUUACAUAGUCAAGGCGUCAUUCGUUACUUUUACGUAUAGCUGUGCACGUGUCGGAUUUGUACCGAUUCCAAAAGAACAGUUAGGGACAGGAAGACUCAAACUAACUUCUCGAUCUGACACAAUGGAUGUUACAAUGAUACAUACGGUUGGAUGUUUCCUUAAAACACGGAAUAUUCUUCUAUCGUGGAUAUGUUUGUGUAUUAUGGCAGCCGACUAUUCCAAGGCAUUGAAGCCAACCAGAUCAAGUUUGAAAUCUGAACUUCCAUCGUCUUUCCAGCGGAUGCAUCAAAAUGAUAAAGGUCACCGGUAUUUUACAGAUCGUGGUUAUGCCACCCGAACCCCUGAAAUUCUUGCCACAAAGAAAAACUAUACAGUGAAAAGGGGUAACCUAGCUAUCCUACACUGCACAGUCCAGAAUCUCGGCACAAAAACGGUCGUUUGGAGACGAGCUUCGGAAGAAAAUCCUUUAACAGUCGGGGACUAUACUUACGUUUCCGACGCUAGGUUUAGUACACAACACAAAGUUCGUCUUGACCAGUGGAAUCUCCACAUCCGGAACGUAAGUCUGGAGGACGCGGGGACGUACGAAUGCCAGGUCAGCACCAAGGACAGAAGUAUCAGACGCGAGUUUAAUCUAGACGUCCAAGAUUUGCCAAUAUACAAUGCAGCUAUAAAAAUAACUGGCAAAAGGUACGUGGACAAGGGUGAGCCGAUUGUGUUAAGUUGUAACGCCACCGACUACUACGCUCCUCAUGACAUAGAUUGGUUCAAGGACGGUGACAAACUCAACUCGGAUAAACUGAGAGGGAUCGAGAUAACCAAAAGUGUAUACCUCUCUAGAAAGACAAUUACAAGUGUGUUGAAAAUCAAGAAGGCUAAAAUGACCGACGCUGGAGACUAUUUGUGCAGAACCUCCGAACGCUAUAUAACAACAAUACAUGUGCAAGUUUUAAAUGCGAAUACUAGUAAUAAUGUAAAACGAGGUACACAAUCUGGGUUUUCACGUGGCGCCAACAGAGGUCCAUCGAUCGUGCCAGCAAAAUGCGUCCUACUGCUGACAAUGAUACUUCUUUUUCUAACAUGACAUCGUAACUACGUUAUACGACAAUAACGACAAGUGCCUUGAACGGUGAUUGCCGAAGGUAAAACCUGCGGAACGAAAUUCUGGAAAAAUGUAGCAAGAACAGUGGGAAAGAAACAGGUUCCGCAUCUCCAAUUGAUUAUUGUAUUCUAUAAGCGGUAAUUCGAAAGGAUGCAGAAGGAGCAAACAGAAAUUUCAAUUGGACGAAACAAAUUGACCAAACAUAUCGCGAUGGAUUUAUGAGAAUUGUUCGACUGUUCUUCGACAAAACUCUACGUUAAAAUGUGUAUACGAGCACACAUAACGUGAUUUGAAAAUAUAUUAUUUUUAACAUCAAUUAAACUGAUGCGGUUACAGGACAAUACAGGACAAUAUUUAUGUAUCUGACAAUAAAUAUGGUUACACAAUAUGGUGUAUAUAUUGCA